UUUCACACACCCCUCGUACGUCAGCCAUUGACAUCCAAUCCCGCGGCAAGUGGCGACACACAAAGAGCGGAUCCGGCUGCCCCAGCGUUCACGGGCGGCGCAGCAGCGGGACCGGCCGGGACACCACAACGCGAACCGGGACAAGAUGGCGAGUGAGGCGGCUGGAGAAAAGAAAGUUACCGGAAAGUUAGUGCUGGCGGUGGGCACUGCAGUACUUGGUUCUGUGCAGUUUGGUUACAACACUGGGGUCAUCAACGCUCCACAGAAGGUUAUUGAGAGCUUCAUUAAUGACACUUGGUUGUACCGUUACAAUGAGCCAGUUAGUAAGACAUCACUCACCAGUAUCUGGUCACUGGCUGUAGCUAUAUUCUCCGUGGGAGGCAUGAUUGGAUCGUUUUCCGUGGGAUUGUUUGUGAAUCGGUUUGGAAGGCGUAACUCCAUGUUAUUGGCAAACGUCCUGGCAUUCCUUGCAGCCAUACUGAUGGGAUUCUCGAAGGUGGCCAGAUCGUAUGAGAUGUUGGUAUUGGGCCGGUUCAUCAUUGGGAUCUACUCUGGCUUGAGCACAGGCUUUGUGCCGAUGUACGUGGGCGAGAUUUCCCCCACCGCCCUGAGGGGAGCCCUGGGUACCCUCCACCAGCUGGGUGUCGUGUUUGGAAUCCUAGUCGCCCAGUUGCUUGGCAUGGAUGCCUUGCUGGGGAACGAGUCGAGUUGGCCACUCUUGUUGGGGUUGCUCUUUGUUCCUGCCUUGAUUCAGAGCAUUGUUUUGCCUUUGUGUCCUAAAAGUCCACGUUACCUCCUCAUCAACAAGAACGAAGAGGAAAAGGCAAGGAAUGUCCUGAAGAAGCUUCGCGGAGUGUCAGAUGUCACCGCGGACCUGCAGGAGAUGAAAGAGGAGAGCAGGCAGAUGAUGAGGGAGAAGAAAGUGACGAUCCCCGAACUCUUCAAAUCCCCGAUGUACCGUCAGCCGAUUAUCAUCGCCAUCGUCCUCCAGCUGUCACAGCAACUCUCAGGAAUCAACGCCAUAUUUUAUUAUUCCACCAGUAUUUUCGAGAAUGCCGGGGUGGAGCAGCCAGUUUAUGCCACCAUUGGAUGUGGUGUGGUUAACUUUGCAUUCACAUUUGUGUCGCUGUUUGUGGUGGAGCGUGCAGGACGUCGGACUCUACACCUGAUCGGCCUGGGAGGCAUGGCUAUCUGUGCCGUCACGAUGACCAUCGCCCUCGUCCUCCUGAAACAACUGCCAUGGAUGAGUUACAUCAGCAUCGUCGCCGUCUUUGGCUUCGUGGCCUUUUUCGAAGUUGGGCCUGGGCCCAUCCCCUGGUUCAUUGUCGCUGAGCUCUUCAGCCAAGGCCCAAGGCCGGCUGCCAUCGCCGUGUCUGGUCUGUCCAACUGGACUGCAAACUUCCUCGUUGGCAUGUGCUUCCAGUACGUGGAGCAACUCUGCGGCCCUUAUGUUUUCAUCAUCUUCACCGUGUUACUGGUCAUUUUCUUCGUGUUCACCUACUUCAAGGUCCCUGAGACCAAGGGGCGGACAUUUGAUGAGAUUUCCUCUGGAUUCCGCCAGGGGGCCGGGGUCGAAGUUGACGUCGAUGUUGAUGUUGACUCUCAUGAGAAGGGCACCCUGGAGGAACUCAACACCCUGGGGGCUGAUUCUCAGGUUUAAUGUGGCACUGAACCACUGAGGGAGACUGGAAGACGUGGGGAUGUGUAGCCAACACUACUGAGAAAAAUGUAAGGGGAGGGGGGAGGUCGAUGGUCCCGUCAGGAGGCUGCUGUUUAUGUGUAGGAAGUGAGUUCCAAUUUUUCUGGCAGUUCACAUCUCCAAUUUUCAUAAAAUCUUCUGUUGGACAGCAAAACUAACUUUUUGAAUAUUUUGCAGUUUUGACUGACGAAGUUAUCAAUUAAUGUUUCAAAGCUUUCCAUGUAUAGAAUUAAGUAUUUAUAUGCGGGGUAUGUUUAUAGUGUUUAUAGAACAAUAAAUUAUAGUGCUAAUGUAAAUAUAAUGAGGCAGUGGCCCAAUGUAAAUGUACAAACAGAUUUGAAGUUCCUUUAGCUGUAGACUUUGGUUGUAUAUGAGUAGACUUUCUUACUGUACAGCACACAUUGUAGAAAACUACUGCAGGUUCACUGGAAGCCCAGAAUAUAUUUUUAAAAAUUGUCAUAAAUUUCCGGUACGUUUGUGUAUUGGAAAUGACAUUAAACAAUCUUGAAUCUUAAAUGCAUUUUCAAGCAAUAUCCCUGAUUCUAAACCAUGUUUCUCUGACCUUCAAUAUGACAAUUUACGCUGGAAUAAAUUAGCAGAGGAACAUGAUUGUGAGCAGGAUGAACACUUGUCUGCGAGUUCAGACGGUGGUGGCCAAGACGAGUGUAGCUGGUAGUCCUUUCCCAAGUAGUGAAUGCAUCUUCACCACCACCUCCCCAUUCCCUGGAAACGGUUUAAGCCAUCUUGUGCACCUGGGGAAGGGUGCGCUGUGGGUGGUGUGCAGGGUUACCAUGUAAAUCCCAAUGUGUAUCAAGUUGCGUCUUGCAGAGACCUCAGCGACACUGUGUUUGUGUGUGAGAUUUGUGAAAGUCAAUGUUUCACACUUUCUGUAAGGACCAUGAUGUUUUUAAGUGAAGAACACUCCAAUGCCAAUGGUGGCAAAACAAGUGAGUCUGUGUCUCUUUUCAGUUUAAUUUAAACACCGUUCCAUUGUCAAUCCAAAGUAUUAAUCACAUUUGAGGAAUAUGUGGUGCAGCUGGUUGGCUGACCUCCCUCCUGUCUGGGGUCAGCCACUCAAUGGCUACUGAAAUAUGAGUUUUAUAGAUUAUCUGAUUCCCAUGGUUUUGAUUUGAUUUCUUUCAGAAGUAAGUCCUGCUCAAUGCAUGAUUUCUGCUGUUCAAAUGCUUUGACCUAAUAUCUGGGCUGGACUUCUCUGCCCUAUCAGGGCACACAUCAGUCAGACUGGUGUCUCAAGGAUGUUCCCUCACUCAGUGUCCCACCCUUGAUCAGCAAGGUAGCGCAGUGGUUAGUGCGACGGUGUCAGAGUUGAACUCUGGCAUCCUCUACAAUGAGUUUGUACGUCCUCUGGUGUGUGUGGGUUUGCUCCGCAUGCACUGGUUUUCUCGCACCAUCCAAAGACGUACCAGUUGGUAACUUAAUUGAUCAUUGUAAAUUGCCCCAUGAUUAGGCUAGGGUUAAACUGGGGGUCAUUGGGUGGCGCAGGUCAAAAGGCUGGAAGGGUCUGUUUCACGCUGUAUCUCUAAAUAAAAUAUAAAAGCGUCUUGCCCUGUCCUCUGCACUGUACCCUGCAUCAGUUUGCCCAGAACAGACCUCGAAGCAUAACUGAGACCAAUGUGGAUCUCUGUGAGGGCAGCUUCCCCAUUUACUUGCUUGAGCUCUCUGUGACAGGCAGGGAGCUCAAAAAACACUUGGGGCUAGCUUAAACAAAGAACGACUUUUAAAGUUCGACAGUUUUUAUAGUUAUUUUCAGUGUAAAGAAAGAAAACCAUUAAACUGGAUAAUUACUGCAGAUGGAUUGGUAGUACCUUGAUGGCAGUUUUUCCACUAUAAGAACAGGUAAAAAGAAAUCUUGUUCAGAACAAGUUCUGCAGCCAUUAGAAGGGUGAGGAGACAGACGGUGAAGUGGAUGUCUGCCUCUCCGUUCUGGGAUACAUUCUCUAGGUCAGAUUCUGGGGUUUGCACUGUUAGAACUCCAAAAUUAUUUUUUAAAGAACGUAGUGCAUACAAAUGCAAAAUAUUUCUCUGGCUGAGUAAGUAACACAUUUUCUUUGGUUGUUUUUAUAAUGCCGUUGUAUCUUAUCUGUAACUGUUCCUCAGUAGCAAUGAUUGUGUCUACUGGAAACGAUGUAAAACCUGAUGUGUGGGAAAAAAAAAACAAAUUAAUCUAGCACACUUGUUUAAAAUAGCGUUUGUACACAGAUUUUUUACUUAUUUCUCUGAGAACUCACCUUAGUGACAACUAAGCUGAAAAUUAAAAAAAACAAACAUA